AUGGCGGCCACCAUGAUUCGGAAGCAAGUCCUCGUGCUCUCGACGGGGCAGCAUGUCGGGAAGACGACGACGUGUCUCGGGCUCGUGGCCCACCUCCAGGACAAGUUCGCCGGCAGCAGCCGCCAAGUCGCCUACUGCAAGCCCGUCGGCCAGCAGCACGUGCCCGUCGGCGGCGGCCUCCGCGUCGACAAGGACUCGUUCCUGUUCAAGGAGCACUUUGGCCUCAUCCACGACUACAAGGACAUGUCACCCGUCAUCUUCCCCGAUGGCUUCACGCGCGACUACAUCGAUGGCAAGGUCACGCUGCGCGAGCUCAAGGACGCCAUCACGUCGGCCCACAUCAACCUCGUCAAGAGCAGCGACUUUAUCGUGUUUGAGGGCACUGGCCAUACGGGCGUCGGCUCGAUCUGUGACCUCAACAACGCCCAAGUUGCAGAGGAGCUCAAGAUGGACGCGAUCUGCAUCGCGCUCGGCGGCCUCGGCUCGUCGUUUGACCAGCUCGCGCUCAACCGCGAGAUGCUCAUUAAGCACGGGAUCAAGCUCAAGGGUGUCAUCGUCAACAAGGUGGACCCGAGGAAAAUGGACAUGGUCCAGGACUACUUUUCGCGGGCGCUGAAGCGCUGGGACGUGCCUCUCAUCGGCUGCAUUCCCCAGCUCGACGACCUAUGCCACCCGUCCAUUUCGGACUUUAGCAAGCUUCUCAAGUGCGAUCUCGUUUCCGGCAAGGAGGCCAAGCUGCGCUAUUUCGCCAACGUCCGUCUCGCCUUGGCGCCGGUCGACGAGCGCAACGUGUUCAAGCCCGUGCAGAGCCAGCUCGUCAUCACGGUAUACCUCUUGGAUGUAUCGAUCGGCCGUAUGGACGUGAUUGAUGCGAUGCUGCACAACCAAGAAGUGUUUCGCGAGCGGGGCGAGAACCUCCACCCGGGCCUCAUCAUGACGGGGUGGGACCCGCCGAGCCCGAGCUUGAUCGCGCGCCUCGAGCAAGGCAACAUCCCGUGCAUUUACGUGCCGCCGACGACGUGCGACAGCUACACGCUCACGGCGCGCAUCGCGGGCUUCACGGCCAAGCUCAACCGGUACGACCUCAAGCGACUCAACCUCGCGUCCGCCCACGUCCGCAAGCACGUCAACUUUGAUCUCUUUGACGUCUGA